GUCUAAACCAAGAGUGUGGUGGACUAUUAUAAUCUCCUCGCCUUAUUCCUAGUCGAUAAUGCUAGCGGCGACGCCAUUGCUGUUUUGCUUAUGUGUAAGAAGAUUGCUUGCUUGUGACUCGGCUGCUUUGUAGGCCGUGGGGCUGGUAGCUUCGGUGUGCAUGCUGUUUAAGUUUCUUCUUGUUUUCUUAUUCUUACUUUUGAUUGGUUUUUGUUUUUGUUUUGUGUGAAUGAAAUUGUCUUUCUUGGCUGAUUGUUUUGCAUGUCUGUUUUGUGUAUUCUGUUGUGACGGCGCGAAUGCUUGUGUUGUCGUUGUCCUUUUUUUCUGUUAUGUUAAUUUGGUGCGUUUAGGCACCGGUCUCGGUCGUAUAUAGGAUCGGGAGGCGAUUUGGUGUCCUCCUCCAUAUGCUACUGAGUCUGUGAAAUUGUUUAUUUUGUUUUGUUUAUGUAUGAUGUGAUUAUUGUUUAGUGGGAAUUGUGUGGACUUUACACAAUUGUGUUCGCUUUGUGUGUGUGGUGUGUGUGUGUUCUUCUCUUUUCUUAUUGUUUUGAUUAGGAGCCAGGCACUAAGCAGGACAGAGGAAGCUGGCUGCAUGCAUUUGUGGUGUGUGCUUCACCGAUUGCAAGGGUGUCAACAUAAUUCUUUCUUGUAGUGAGUGCAUGACACUUAAUUUGAUGUGGAUUUGUGGUGUUUUUAAAUGAUUUUCUGAGCUGCAGCCGGCCUGCUUUGUCCUGUAUGUUUCUGUUCCCCUUUUUCUUUCUCCGUCCCAGAGGACUGUUUUUAAAAAUUAAUAUUUGUUAAUUGCUUCUGGGUUUCUUGUGAGCAAAUAGAUAAUUGUCUGUUUUUAAUAAAUAAAUCAUCCUUUUUGUACUGCUACCCACGUCUCAAGUACUCAUUAUUCUUGCCUUUGAUAGGUGGAGCUUACCUGUGUGUCUUUAUUGGGAGUAUUUCCCUGGCGCCCCACCAGGGUGGCGUAGUCGGAUUAAAUUAAUUUUGUAAAUUCCCGCCUUUCGGGAUAUAACGGUUGCCACAUUUUGGCGUAGUCGGCAGGAUACACCUGGUAAGGCAGGGAAUUUUCUUGAGUCGUGGGUAGAUUUAUAUUUGGUGAUUUGUUUUUUUUUUUUUUUGUUUUUUUCCCAUAAGCAAAACAGCAGUGUGCUUUAGAUUUCGUGGGCAAGUAUGGAGGAUGAGAUGCAGGAGUUGCGAGAACUGGUGGUCCAGUUGAGGACGGACAAUGACCGUUUGCGUCGUGAGCGUGAGCUUUCCGGUUCCAAUGCUGUCCCUGUUGCUGCUGUAACCACACCUGGCCCAUCCCAGCCAGCGGAGGUCGAUUUAGUGGCACCGGAACGAUUUGUUUUUGUGCCUAGGGAUCGGCGGUGUCCAAAAUUUUGUGGUAAAUCGGGUAUAGGCAUUGAGGAGUGGGUGGAGGAGGCCGAAGCAUGUAUGCGGGUUCGUUGUUUGUCUAAGGCUGAUAGGGCAUUUUUCCUCUUUGACCACUUGGAAGGUGAAGCCCGGGAGGAGAUUAGACAUCGUCCCAGUGGGGAACGGGGAGAUCCGGACAAGAUUAUUAUGAUUUUACGUGAGCUGUAUGGUUGCUCUCAGUCAUAUGUAGCGCUCCAAGAAGCCUUUUUCUCCAGGAAGCAGCAAGAUGGGGAAUCUUUGUUAGAGUUUUCCCUGGUUUUGAUGUCUCUCCUUGAGAGGGUUAAACAACAGUCGGCCAAUGCUAUUCCUAAUUCCGAUAUUGUGUUGCGUGAUCAGUUUGUAGAGUAUGUUGCUGAUAGUGCCCUCCGCCGGGAAUUGAAGCAGUUAGUCCGUCGUCAGCCCGCCAUUACAUUAUUGGAGGUACGGGGUGAAGCAAUUAGGUGGGAACGAGAAGGGAUGCCAGGAGGGGCGAGGGGUAGAAGUCAGUCCGUCCCAAUGGCAUAUGGCAUCCAGUACGGGGUGCAAGGGCAUUCUCACUCAGAGCUGAGGGAGUUGCGGGAGAUGCUGCAAUUGCAGCAGCAGCAGCUGGAUCGGCUUACUCGAAGUGUUGCAGAUAUGCGGUUUCCUCAGCGGGCUCGCCGGCCCUCUCGUGCUGAAGUGUUACUUUGUCACCGGUGUCAAAAACCAGGUCACGUUGCCCGUGAAUGUGAUGGAGAACGUGUUCGUUCUCCCUCCUUAGCUCGCCGCGAGUCACCUUCUUCGACAAGGGUUGGACCAACUUUUGUUCAGCCGUCGGAAAACUAGGUCCCACCGAGCUGCUGAGUCACCGUUCGGUAGGGAAAGACACUGACUCAAUGACGUUAACUUCUUUGCCACAUUUAAUGGCAUCAUGUCCACACCUUGUUGUUUGUAUGGGAGGUGUACAAGUACCCUGUUUGAUCGAUACUGGCUCUAUGGUAUCUACGAUUACGGAAAGUUGUUUUGUGGAACUCUUUGUACCAUUGGGCCAGGAUCGUCUCCGGGCAUGUCACUGGUUGCAGCUUCAGGCGGCCAAUGGAUCGUUAAUUCCGUACGUUGGUUAUGUUGAGUUGGAUGUGGAGCUUUGUGGCCAGGUAAUUUCAGGGUGUGGCGUAUUGGUUGUUAGAGAUCCCCCUAAGGGCACUGGUGCUCGAGUCCCUGGGAUCUUGGGGAUGAAUGUUUUAAGUCGGUGUUAUCAGGAGCUCUUUGGGUUGCACGGUGCUGCCCUUUUUGAUGCACUACCUGUGUCAGAGGCCUCCCAGUUGGUGGUCCAAGCAUUACAACAUUGUCAUGAGGUAGAUGCCACCCCUCAGGCAAUUGGAAAGGUGCGAUUGCGGGG